AUGGCUGAAAGCAGAAAUAUGGAAUUUAUGGAGCAGCAGCGUAGACAUUCUGUUUCCGGAGAUCUACCAAGCUUGAAUUUUAAAGCCGGAGGAAGCAGCUCGAAUACAAAAGGAAGUAGAAGAAAUUUUUUCGAAAGCUCUAUGAAAAAGACAGAAGGUUUGCAUCAAAAAAAACUUGAUCCAUACAUGUUUCAAUCGAAGAAUAAGUCUUUGAAAAAUAUGUUUUCAAAAGAUAAUGCAAAAAAAAUGGGUAGAGCAAUUUCGAAAUUUUUUCAUUUUAAUGCAAUACCAUUUCACGCUGCCGAUAGUGGUCCUUACUACCAAACGAUGAUUGACACGAUUGCAUCGGUUGGACCUGGAGUUAAAGGACCUACUGGUAAACAAAUUGGUGGUGAAUAUUUAAACGAGGAGAUGCAAGAAGUUGUACAGUAUGUUGAUUCUUUAAAGCAGAAAUGGAAAACAUACGGAUGUACAAUUAUGUGUGAUGGUUGGAGUACUCGUACAAAACAUCCAAUCAUAAAUUUUAUGGUGUACUGUGAUAGAGAUAUGAUAUAUCACAGUUCGGUUGAUUGUACAAAUAAGGCGAAGACUGCGGACUUUGUCUACACCCUAAUGGAUAAGGUGGUGGAAUCAGUAGGGGUUGACAAUAUUGUACAAAUUGUAACUGAUAGUGAAGCUAGUAUGAAGGCGGCUGGGAAAAAACUGAUGAGGAAAAGGAAGCACAUUUUUUGGUCUCCAUGCGCAGCGCAUUGCAUUGAUUUGAUGUUAGAAGACAUCGGAGAUAUAUUGUCAGUGAAAGAUACGAUAAAAGAAGCCAGAAGAAUUACAGGAUUUAUAUACAACAGUGAUAAAGUGGUUAAUUUGAUGAAAACAUAUACGAAUGGCCGAGAUCUGUUGCGACCAGGCAUAACAAGAUUUGCAACCGAGUUUGUUGCAAUGGAAAGUCUUCUGAGAUAUGCAACCGAUUUGAAAAGAAUGUGUACUUCUAGAGAAUGGGUUGAGUACAAUAAUACCUCGAGGAGAAGACAUGAAGCCGGAGAUAUAUCAGACUUGAUUUUGAAUGAAAGAUUUUGGAAACGGAUACGCCGAGUCUGUGGGGUCAUGGAACCCUUAGUGAAGGUUUUAAAAGUAGUUGAUCAAGAUAAAAAACCUACACUACCUAUCAUUUAUGAGGCAAUGGAUAGGGCAAAAAUGGCAAUAAAAACCGCAGUGAAAGAUUUUCAACAAUAUUGGGAUAUCAUCGAUGAAAGAUGGUAUAAUCAAUUGCAUCAAGAUUUGCAUGCAGCAGCUUAUUUUUUAAAUCAUGGUCUUCAAUACUCCGGCACUUGUGAAUUUGAUUCAUCGGAGGUUCGAAAAGGAGUAAAAGAAGUUAUCAAAAGACUCGAGCCAGAUUUGGAUAUACAAGUAAAGGCUAUGAAUGAGAUAAACAUAUUUGUUAACAAAAUUGGAGAGUUUGGAAGUGCACUUGCUAUUAGAGCUGUAUCUACAUCUUUACCAGCUGACUGGUGGAAUAUGUACGGUGAUGAAGCUCCUAAUUUAAGAAAAAUUGCAUUAAAAGUUUUGAGUCAAACUUGCACAUCAUCGGGUUGUGAGCGGAAUUGGAGUACGUGGGCUUUGAUCCAUACUAAACUUCGGAAUAGAUUAGCUAUUGAGAAACUGCAUAAGCUAGUCUAUGUCCACUACAACAUGCGUCUUCGGAUGAAUGGGUUAGAGAAAAUGAAUCUCCACUUAUUCGUGAUAGUGAUUUGA